GUUAGAGGAGUUGUGGGGGUGUGAUGCCACAACCUGCUUAUAAAGGGGCUCUAAAUCAGUGCAUAGAGCCUAAUUUUGUGGGUCAGACAGCACGCUCGCCCUGUCAUCUACAUGGAGCACUUUGACGUGGAGAAGAUGCGUCAGCUUGCCGAGACUCCUCUCUUGUGGGUCGGUGCAGUCACCACGGCCUCGCUGGCGCUGUGGCUCCUCUUCCAUAUCAUCUCCGGCUUCAAGAUAUGGGUGCUAGGAAAUGGGGAUUUACUGUCCCCUAAACUGGGAAAAUGGGCAGUUGUAACGGGAGCCACAGAUGGAAUUGGGAAAUCCUAUGCGGAGGAGCUUGCUCGACGAGGAUUCUCCAUUUUGCUGAUCAGUCGCUCACAGGAAAAGCUGGACGAUGUAGCAAAGUCUCUUGAAAGUUUGUAUAAGGUGGAGACCAAGACCAUCGCUGUGGAUUUUGGCCAGAUCAACAUUUAUCCUAAGAUCGAGGAUGCACUUGCUGGUUUAGAAAUAGGAGUCCUUGUAAACAAUGUUGGCAUUUCUUAUCCUUACCCUGAGUUCUUCUUGCACAUCCCUGACCUGGACAAAUUCAUUAACACAAUGAUCAACGUCAACAUAACUUCAGUGUGCCAGAUGACUCGCCUGGUUUUGCCCAAAAUGGAAGCUAGAGCAAAAGGUGUCAUUCUCAAUAUAUCCUCUGCUAGUGGCAUGUACCCAGUUCCACUGCUCACUGUUUAUUCUUCUACCAAGGCUUUUGUUGACUUCUUCUCCCGUGGACUUCAAGCAGAGUACAAGUGCAAAGGGAUCAUUAUUCAGAGCGUGCUGCCUUUCUUCGUGGCCACCAAAAUGACGAGGAUCAGAAAACCCACUCUAGACAAACCAACUCCUGAGCGUUAUGUAGCUGCUGAGCUAACCACUGUGGGACUACAGGACCAGACCAAUGGUUACUUCCCGCAUGCAGUCAUGGGAUGGCUUACAACUGUUCUAGUUCCCAUCAAACUGGUCAUUUACUUUGGCAUGCGCAUGAACAAGGCUCAGCGUGGUGGUUACCUCAGGAGGAGAAAGCUGCGAUAACUCAUCGACAUCGUCUAAAGGGAAAUGAUAAACCACAUCCAAAGUGUCCUUUCCUUUUUGUUUGCUUAGUAUCGUAUGACUGCCUGACUUUGUAUCAGUGUUUGAGAAGUUCUGUGUUUUGGCUUUUGUACUGAAUAUCAGUCUCUUUACGUUCUUGUAAGAAAUACUGCACACAGAUGUCACACUGACACAUUUUGAAUGAAAUAGUUCAAACUGGGCUGCUUUUUUUUUUUUUUUUAAAUCAGUGUUUCUCUUUUGGGUUGUGUGAUUUGGGAAUGGGUGUGUAACUUCUAACAAACAUGGUCUAAAGAGUUGCAUUGGUGCAUGGCAGGCUGUUUUCACUGCUGUUCUAAGCAGACGGUAUUUCGAAUGGCAAUGGUUUCAUAUACCUACAUACUUUUUCUGUGUAUAAAAGCUUUACGUGCACCUGAUUGUUUGCUCAGUGAUGCCAGUUUCCUGUUAUGUUUUGUUUACAAUAAUUAGGAAGGUGAAAUUUCUACUUAGUUUUUGAAUGAUAAUGAGGAUUGGCCUUUUAACUUUUCUUUUUUUACAUUUUGUACUGUUUAUUACUACUUAGUAUUUAUUAAAUUGGUGAUGGGCUUUUGGUGUUUUAUGUAUGUUUACUAGAUAUCUGCAAUGGUGCCUAGUAUAUUGAGCCACAUUGGACACAGCUAAACUCUGAUCAUUCUGAAUGAUGUGCCUUACAGAAAUAUACAGGAAUUUGCUGUUGGAGGGGAUCUCUACCAGCUGCUAUUCUGUCUCAAACGUAGCAAUGCACUUACUGACCUUUUUUUAUAAGCAUGUUCACCAAAGUGUGUACUAUGCCAUAUGAAUUUUUAUUAUUCUCAAUUCACGGAUAUUUUUCUAUGGUCUAGAUCUCCAAUAAACCAAAACCAGUCAAAUGAAGGUGCUCUGGUGCUUGAAAUAUGCUGGCUGUUAUGCAGGGAAAACUUGAAUGUUUACAUUCCAAAAUGUUUAGGAAUGGACUACAAUGUGUGCCUUUUGUUUUACCAAAUCAUUAUGUUAAACUUGGUUUGUCUUUUUGUUUUUUUCCAAAUAAAGAUGUGAUUUUUACACUGGUA